AUGGGCUGGUAUACGAUGGAGGCUUUUCCUGGCCCAAAAAUGACGGAGGCGGUGAUUCGGAAGAAGGCAGGGAUGGCAAGCAUUAAGGACAUGCCGGUACUUCAAGACGGCCCGCCGCCGGGCGGGUUCGCUCCGGUCCGGUUCGCACGUCGUAUCCCCAGCAAGGGUCCCAGCGCCAUGGCCAUUUUCCUUGCGGCUUUUGGCGCCUUCUCCUGGGGCAUGUACCAAGUCGGUAAAGGCAACAAGAUCCGCAGGGCGCUCAAGGAAGAAAAAUAUGCUGCUCGCAGGGCAAUUUUGCCAAUGCUCCAAGCCGAAGAGGAUGAAAGAUUUGUCAAAGAAUGGAAGAAGUAUCUCGAGGAAGAGGCCAGAAUCAUGAAAGACGUGCCUGGUUGGAAAGUGGGUGAAAAUGUGUACAACUCUGGAAGGUGGAUGCCUCCAGCAACUGGGGAGCUUCGUCCCGAUAUCUGGUAA